UAAUUUUCAAAUUUCAAAACAAAACGUAUUUUUGUUUGUUUCUGGUUACUCAAAAACUUUAUAAACUUAAUUUGAGUCGGAUUAACAGUUUGCUUUAUAUAUUGUUUAAAAUCAAAAUGUCCAUGGUUGAAGAAGAAGUGGUAGUCGCCCCGUGGGUUGGGCCUACAAGUUGUAAAAAUACACUAUCAGUGAUUGUGCUCUCGUUCAGUAAUGAUAUCAUCGAAAAACUUUCGAAAGCUCUCACAGAAGUCCACGACAAAGGAGAUUAUCGUUGGAAACUAAUUGUACUGAAGUCGUUUUAUCUUGAAGAAGUGGUAAAACGGUCUGACCUUACCGGAAAGAUCGGUAUCGACUUCGUUAUAUUAGCAAUAGACACAAGUCGAAUAUUCUGCUUAGAAUGGGCAAGGAAUGCUUUGAUGCAAGUGAAUUCAGAUUUAAAGAUUCGCCGUGUGGUUCUUGUAAAUGCUAGUGGACUUCCAGUGAAUGCUAUGGCAAUAAGUGCUAGUGAACUUAUUAAUUUCCAAAACGAUAUGAAACUCGACAUUGUAAGUGCCAAUGUCUUUGAUCCAGAGAAUGCUACGUUUUUGGCGCGCAGAUUACUGAAGUACAUCGAAGUGUCUGUUGGUGUUAAGACUGGAAUUCCUAAUCUUAAUGUAUGAUAAGCAUUUAUAUUAUAAGUGUAAAUAAUAACAA